AUUUAAGGUUAUGUUCGUAAUAUAAUACCUAUAUAAUAUAUUAUAUAUAUAAAUACUUAAAUAUAUAAGAAAAUAAUGUUACCGACGAAAGGUUUUUUUCAAGAUAUCGAGUGUCCAUAUUUGAAUUCUGGUUGUGGACGACCUUAUUGUCAUUUUCGUCACAAGAAGAAGAUCAAUGAAGAUGAUUUUAAUGACAAAAUAAGCGUUCCAAUUUAUAAGCCUACACCAAAAAGUGAAUUAGUUAAUUUUCACAAUAAAAAUCAUAUACCAAUUAGCUAUGUACCUGACCUUGCAUUUAGAAAAAAUAAUUCCACAAGGUCUUUGCCCAGAUUUAAUAAACCUACAUAUAAACCAACACCUAUCAGUAUUUUAUCUUCGGCAUUACAAAGAAGUGAUUUCAAUGAACUGGGCGAAUGUAAAACUGUGAAAGAAAUUAAACAGAAUAUUGCUAAAAAUGAAUACAACCCUAAUAUUUCAUUGAAAAAUUCAAACAUUAACUUUGAGGAAUUAAUAGGAGAGUUCAACUUAAUUGAUGAAAUAAUUAGACAUGAUGAUUCCAAAAAAGAUAACCAGAUUAUAAACUCUACAACUGCCAUAAAUGAUUUAAAUGACAUUCAACAUAGUACAGAAUGUACAAAGGACUAUCCAUUUAAAGAUGAUUUGGUUGAUACAUCGGUUGUAAAAAAAUUUGUCAGUGAAAAUUCUGAAUGUAGUGAGAAGUGUUCUGACAAUAAAGUAAAUGUGACUAUUAAAAGUGAUGAUAAUAAAGACAUUCAUAAGUGUAGUGAUAAAAAUAAAAAAGAAAAAUCCAAACAUAAAAACAGUAAUAAAGAUAAGUGUAGUGAUGGAAAACAUAAGAGUGACAGUAAAAGUAAAGAAAAAAGUAAAAAUAAAAAUAAAGCAAGUAUUGAACAAAAAUCUGGGUCAAGAUCCCAUAAAAGUAGUAGUCAUAAAAAAGAUAAAGCAUCCAGUAGUAAGCAUAAAAAACAUAGUUCAAUUUUAACAGCAAAAGAUAAAUUUAAAAAAACAGAGGAUGUUAAAAAAAUAAAGGAAAUGGGUGAAUUUAAAUAUAAGCAGUCAGAAAUGAAGAAAGAUAAUGAAAAUAUACAACACAAUAAAGUAAGUAUUUCUACUAAAUUGUUAGAAAAUAAAAUACUAAAACAAUACAAAAAGUAUGAUGUGCAGGAAAAUGAUGAUUUUGAUUAUGAUAAUGAUAAAACAUUAUUAGAGUGCUAUAAAAUAUUUAAUGAAUAUAAGCCAGAAACGAAGGUAUUAAGUUCUACAAUUGAUUUAAAAAUGGAAAAACCUUUGGAUAUACUUACAAGCAAGAAAAGAGUUGCCCACUCAAUAACCAAUAAUUCUUUUAUGCAAUCCAAAUUACCCCCUAUAGCAAAACCAAAAACUAUUUUAAGCCCAGGACAAACUCUUCAUGAACGUUUUAAAAUUGCUCAGGCAAGUUGUUCUAAUAAAGAACAAGAAAAUAUUGCAAACGAAGUUAAGCAACCAUUAUUAGGUAAAAAACGACAAGCUUCUUUAUUGUUAGAGGCAGCAUCAAAACGAAAAAUAACAAAACCUACUGAAAAUUGUAAUUUAAAUGUAGGUAUAAUUGAUAGUAAAAGUACAUGUUUAGGACAAAAGAUUAAAAAAAUUGCACCAGUUCAAAAUUUAUUAAAUUAUCAAAAAGCAAAGGAACAAUUAGGUAAACUGGUUAAACAAAAUAGUAUAAAUGUAAAAAAUAAAACAGUUGCUCAAACACAAAAAUCGAGGAGAACAGCUCAUAUACCAGAAUUUUCCUUGUCAAGCAUUCCUGAUGUUUUACAUGCCAACAAUUCAAAGUUGCCAGUUAAUGUAAGAACAAGAUUUUUAACAAUGUUAGGCAAUGAAUGUGGCAAAUUAUAUUUAACAAAAGAUGAUGCCUAUCAGAGGGCUCUAAAUGAGGAAUUUAGUUGCUAUGAAAAAUGUAAAGUACUUGUCACAUACAGAAAUUCAGCUAUGUUAGCUGUUAAUCGAUUAAGAAAAGAAAUUCAAGAAAGAGAGAAAUCUGGUUUGGGGCCAAUAGAUUCCAAAGAUUUGCAACUAAUAAAUACAAAGUCAGAUUUUUGUGGACAAAAGUUUUAUGAUCAUGUUAAAAAGUGGAUUUUAAGUGAUGAAGAGUUAGAUAUUCAUGGAUAUCCACGGGAAAGCGAAACCUCUGGGAAAGCCAUUAUUAGAAAUAAAAAAAACAUCCUAGAGCAUUUGAAAGAAAAUCAACGCAAGUGCUGUAGAUGUAACAAAAUAUAUUUUGUGGAUGAUGAUGGUUGGCCUUUGUAUGAUGAAGAAUGUUUGUAUCAUCCACUCAAAAAAAGGACUAUUCGUGGCGAACACACUUAUUUAUGCUGCAAGGCAACUGAUAUAGGCUGUGUAACAUCGGACACACAUGUUUCUGAAUCAAUACAAAACUCUGAGCUUGAAGGAUUUAUGACCACUUUAAAACCGGAAAAAGACAAUGAUCAGAAAAAUUUCACUGUAUAUGCAUUAGAUUGUGAAAUGUGUUACACAACUAAAGGAUUGGAGUUAACACGGGUUACAAUAAUUGAUACUGAAUGUAGAACAGUUUAUGAAUCUUUAGUUAAACCCUUAAACCCAAUUAUAGAUUUCAAUACCAGAUUUUCUGGUAUUACAAAGGAACAAAUGGAUAAAACCAGGACAAACAUAUUACAAAUACAAGCAAAUAUUCUUCAUUUAUGCAAUUCACAGACUAUUCUUGUAGGACACAGUUUAGAGUCUGAUUUAAAAGCCUUAAAAAUUGUACAUAGUACAGUUAUAGACACUUCUGUUUUAUUUCCUCAUAAAAUGGGUUUACCUCACAAGCGAGCAUUAAAAGCCUUGGCAAGUGAAUAUAUUAAAAAAAUUAUUCAGAAUGAUGUUGGUGGACAUGAUAGUGCAGAAGAUGCUAUCACUUGCAUGGAACUACUUAAAUGGAAGUUAAAGGAACAUUUAAAAACAAAUUAAAACAUUUAGAUUUUGUUUCUUGACAUUUUUAUGUACAAUAAAUACUUGUUUGGGUUCUGCGGUAAUGCUGAUAUAGAGUUAAAUUAAAUGUAUGUGAAUAAUUAAUAUAAUUUAUAAACAAAUAUUAGAAAUAUGUGUUGGGGAAUAUUUAUAAUAUUUGUUUAACAAAAGUUAUCCUUUUUCAAGUAAUAUAUUUUAUGUUAUUUAUAAAAUUUAUUAGGUAUAGAUUUUGAGAUUUAAAUGUAAGAACCAGAUUUAUAACUUUCAUAUUUGUGGUUGGAGUAUUUAGGAUUAUUAGAAUAUACACAUCUAGAAUAAUGUAAUGCAAUGUUUAUAAUAUUUUUUUGAAUCCCAAUUUAAAGCAUAUAAAAUACAACCUACCUACCUAUUGGUAGGUAUAUGUUAUAAUAAUGUUAUAGGUUUUAGUAGUAAAUGAAGAAAGUGUUUUUGCUCCAGUCUGAGAUAAAGGGUGUAAUAAUAUUAUAUUUUAAUAGGUAUCUUCCAAAAGAUAAAUUAUUUAAAUUUUGUAUAUUAUACAGGAUGAGUUUUAAGUUGACGCUUUUUUUAACAGCCUGUAGAAAUCAAAUGUACAAACAAAUAUUUCAAAUAACUUUUUUAUCAAAACUCAAAAGGAACAAAGCUAAAUAAAAUUAGGAGGCAGGUCCUGGGAUAUUGUUGCCAAAAAUUUCUCAAUAAACUUGUACGUACAUAUCCAUAAAAACAAAAAUGAUAAAUUUAACAAGGCAAAAUGUCAUUGUUGACAGUAUUCUCAUUAGCUACAUUGUUAAUUUUUUUAUUUUUGUUUUAAUGGUUAUAUUAUAUCUAGCCUGGACCGGCCUCAAAAAUUAAUUAAACUUUAAAAGGCUGUUUCUCUCUUAUUUUUUAAUUUUGAUAAGAAAGUUACUUAAAAUAUUUGUUUGUCUAUUUGAUUUCUACAAGCUGCAGCUGUUAUAAAAAAGCGUCAACUUAAAACUAUAUAAUUAUGUAUAUACAAAGAAAAUACAUUAUUGUUUUUAAUAUUAUACCAGGUGACUAUUUAAUAAUAAUACAAAUAAAAAAACAUUUUUUAUCACAAUUUUAAAGUCUUCCAUUUUUUUUCCUGAUCAAACUUUUUUUUGUACACUGCUGGUUAAAUUUGGUAUUGAAAUUAGAUUCCUUAAUUUAUUUUUUGUUUCUUUAGUUUUUCAUAGAUUGCUUCGUGUAAAUUAAGAAAAAUUAGACAUUUCACACCAAAACAAAACAAAGUGCUUAAAAUACUUUUCGCCAACGUUGUUGGCAUCUUCAGAAGCGUAACUGAUAUAAAUAAAUAUUUCUAAUAUUUGUUUAACUUAUCACCAAAGUUGUACUUUUUCAAGUAACUCCAAGAGCAUGUUUAAUGACUGUGGAUAAUAAUAAUUUAUUUAUUAUAAAUCCUAAUAAGUUUUCCCUUGCGGCCUGGAGUUUACGGUGAAUUCACCGUUUGCGUGAAUUCACCGUGAAUACACCGUUUAUGUGCAGUGAAUAUACCGUCCAUUUGUGACAUUUGUAGACGGUAAUUAAACGGUGAACUCACGCUGUUUUUGCGAUAAAUUCACGGUAAAUUCACGGUGAACUCAAGUUUGCAAAAUCACCGCAAAUUCACUGUCAAAGUACCGUAAAUUUAUCGUGAAAUCACCGUGAAUUCACCGUAAAAGCGCUGUGAGUUUACUGUACAGUACCACGUGGUAAUGUAAAUAAUAAAUUAUUUUAAUUGUUUGUAAAUGGUUGUUUACUUUUUAAUAAAUAGUAAUUUUGUUGCUAAUAGACGGUAUUAAUAAUUAAAUAAAAAAUUAAUAAUAAAUAUUAAGAUUUUUUUAUUUAUAAACAUUAUUAAAUAAAUAAUUUGUUUAUACUUAAAUAUUGAUAAAGCGCAUUUAUUUUACAAAAACUAAAUUCACAAGUUCAACAGUAAAAUUUAAAGGGUUUAUAAAUUUACCUGCCUACUUAAACAUUAUAUUGUUAUUCUGAAAGUUAUAAACUACCAGUACAUAUUUAAUAAACGACGACAUUGAAAAGCCAAGUCCGUAGUGGUUCCAUUUAAAAAAGGAGGGAAAGUAUAAUCUCCCUUGCGGCCUUGAGUUCACGGUUUAUUCACUGUGAAUAAACCGUCUGUGAAAAGUGCAUGAAUUCACCGUCUAACUACCGUUUACAAAUGUCACAAACAGACGGUUUAUUCACCGUGAAUUCACGGGAAUUUACAGUGAAUUCACGGUGAAUAAACCGUGAACUCAAGGCUGCAAGGGUUAUAUGGAUGGCAUCAUUAAAGACAAUUAAAGACAAAAGUUUGUGUUAAAAUUUUGCAACAUUCGGUAGUUAUCUUACGAAGUUAUCGCGGGUUAAGUUUUAAAAAAAUAUAUUUUCUUAAUUUCAAAUUGUUUCGUUUUUAUUUUUUAUCUCGGAAACUAAUAAAAAUAUGGAAAAAAAUACACCCCAUUAGGACAAGUAAAAAAAUGUACGUGGAACUUUUAAAAUUAUUGGGGUUAAGUUUUAAAAAAAUAAAUUUUCUUAAUUUCAAAUUGUUUUGUUUUUAUUUUUUAUCUCGAAAACUAAUAAAAAUAUUAUAUUAUUAUUAUUAAAAAAAAUUACACCCCAUUAGGACAAGUAAAAAAAUGAAUUUGGAAUAUUUAAAAUUAUUUUGCCUACUGUCCAAAUGCGUUCCAGCGCUAAGCUGGUUAUGCUUGCCGGUCCGGUCCGUCAAUUGCAAUAAUUGUCUUAAGACAUAAAAAAACCAAGGGGAUACAACUUAAGUUGUGCUUAUAGACCAAGAAAUCAAAUUUGACCAGCGGCGUAUUAAAAAAUAUUCGGUUAGGUUAAAGAUCUUCGAAGACUAGAUAGACAAAUACUUUAAAUAAUGCAUUUUCUUAAUUAAGAUAUGAAUAUAUCUUUUAUAUUUUACGAGUUAUCAAAGACAAUAUCUCAGAAAGAAGCAAUAUUUUGACAUUGGUUUAUAAGAACUUUUAAGGUUAAAAUGACUUUAUAAAUUCGCCGGUGAACCUGAUAGACCCUGUAUAAUUAUUUGAUCAAAUUGUAACCAAUACCUAAAGUUUUUGUAAUAAUAACAAAUAAUUAUAUGUACAGUGGCGGACACGGAAUUUAGAACGAACAUCAUCCCGUUGACAUCAAAGGCUAAACUUCCUUUAUGGAUAUAUAACCUUACUUCCGGCUAUCACUAGUCUUGUCAUUUUGACAGCGAAAGCAAAAAUGCUCAAUAUUGUAAAGAUACCAAUGAUAUUUACACAUGUAUACCCUUUACCAAAUUAUGACGUUCAAAAUUCUGUGUCUGCCACUGUACUAUUCUCUACACCCACUUUGAAAUUUGUAACGUAUGAUAACAAGAAGCUAACGAGAUAAAUUAUAAAUAAAUAUAUAAUUUUUCAUUUACAUAUACAUGUUUUAUUGUACCAAAUUAGAAGCUUCAUACGCUGAAAUGGAUAUAGCACAGGGAAAUCCGCUAUUUUUAGAAACAAUAGAACAUAAUACAUAAGCUACAUAACCUUUAAUCUUUUUAUUUUUUAAAUUUCGGUUUUAUGAAGCUGCGUACCGCAAUCAAAUGUCAAAGUGGGACUUGGAGCAUGGCACCUACCUGUUCCUAUAGGAAUACAUUUAAUACAAACAUAAUUUAUAUCAUUUAUAUCUUGGCUGUGCCAACUUGGCGCUGCCAAGAUGUAUAAAAACUUUAUAAUAAACUGGUUUUUAAAGUCUAAAUGAAUACCUACAUCAUAUGUAUUUGAUGAGGGCAUUUUAUUAUUAGUUCUAUCACUGACCAAAUAAUUACCUUAAGGUAUGUGGUUUUAUAUGGAUUAUAAUUAAUAUAUACUUGAGCUUAAAAACUUAUGUCAAAUUCAGUAUAAAAAGUUACUGUAUAUAUACAGUUUUUUGUAUACAAUAUAAUGUAUACAAAAAACUUCCCUUAUUUGAACUAAUGUUUUUGAUUGAAAGGCAUUUAAAAAAAUAUAUAAUAAACAUUGUACAUGGCAUACGAAAUACAAAUACAAUGAUCGUUUUUUAAAGUGGUUUGCAUAAAAAGUGUUCCACUUUGAUAGGUUGUAACUAAUAAAUGUAUGGAUGUAUUUUGUUAAUUUUUAUUUUCUUAUAAAGGGAGUUUCUUUGGCAGCAUGUAAGCCUAAUUGCAUUCUUUUGACUUAGUUGAUAAUAAUUUUACAGGGUGAUUUGUAAAGCUAUGAUUUUGAUAUAAACUAUUUUGAUGUACACGAGAUAAAUGGGUGUUUAUACGGUUUUAUGUGUUUGUUUUGGAUUUUAAUGUAUAUACAGGGUUACUCAUUGACCUCCUGUACAUUAAUAAAUUUGAUAUAUAAAUCAUAGCUUUACAAAUCACCUCUAAAAUGAAUAUCAAUGACGACAAAUAAAUUCAAUUAUGGACGAAGAAACCCCAAAGAAACGCCCAUUCUGACAAAAGAAAAAUUAACCAGAUACAUCCAUCCAUUCAAAAGUUACAAACGAUUGGUGUAUUUGGUUGGCUAGUAUUUUUUUUUAAUUUUCCAUAUCAACAUUUCCCCAAAUAUUCGACAAGGAUAUAAAAAAAUAUAUUAUUGUAUUUGAAUUUUACAGUUUGUUUAAUAUUUUGGAGGCGUUAUUUCCCUAUACAAUGUAUUUUUAUUUAAUUUUUUAUGUAUAAAAUUUAAUUAUUAUUAAUUAAAAAUAUUCUUAAUAAAUUUAAGAACAUUUUGUAAUAUAAAAACAUAUUAGUGGCAUAAUUUAAGGAAGUAUUAUCCCGAUUAGUAUGUACAAAGCCUAUUUUAAAUUAUACCCAUGACAAUAAAAAUGUGUUUUAUUUAACAAAC